UGUUGAUAUCGACUCUUGAAAAACUAUUAUUGAAAAUUCACCUGCCCAUCAUGCAGUAUGCUGGAUUUAUAAGGAAAAGACGAAUGGAUAUGUCUACUUUAAACGAAGAAGGCCAACCUAUGCCAAAGCGCGUAACAAGAAGAAGCAUCGUUUGGAAAAUUAAUUACAUAUGUCAUAGAUCUGGGGCCUAUAAGAGUUGUGCUGGUAUACAGACAGAAGAUGAAUCGUCUAAAAGCCGGCCAAUUCAGAAACCAAGCAAGAAGAUCAACUGCAGAUGCUAUGUUACUGUCACCUACUAUUUUGUAACACCUAAUCAGGUCACCAUUAAGCUUCAUAAUGAGCAUAAUCAUCUUAUUGGAAGCCUUGAUGAUAUCUCUUUUUUACCUUUAUCGGAUAAUACGAAGGAAGCUAUAUUACAAAAGUUACGUGAAGACUAUGAUAGAAGAGACAUAAGAGCUGCAAUUCAACGUCAUUUUAAUGAAAGGAUAAGGGCCCCUUUUCCUGAAGCUGCUAGUUCGUCUUCCUCUUCAGUGUGUGUUAUACAUUGUGAUUAG